GUGUACAGCUGCUGCAAAUCGGGCGUGAGGGAGCAGACGUGAGGCGAGGAAGUGAAGCCUGCAGCUGUCGGGAGCGCAGGAUAAUCAUGGAUAAACCCGAGAACCCGCCGCUGUAGGCUCGAUCGGGCCGCUCCAGACCCGGAGGACAGGCAGGGACAAGUUUACACACCGCCGCUGCAAAGACCGAGACGGCGGAGGGCUUCCUCUGGUCCCUCCCUGCUGGAAGAAAUGUGGCUGAACCCGGAGGAAGUUCUGCUGAAAAACGCUCUGAAGCUCUGGAUAACCGAGAGGAGCAACGACUUUUUCGUCCUGCAGAGGAGGAGAGGACACGGGGAGCCGACGGGGAGGAUCACAGGUCUCCUGGUGGGAGCGCUGGACACAGUGCUGGACUCCAAUGCCAGGGUCACACCCUUCCGCAUCCUCCUCCAGGUUCCCGGCUCCCAGAUCAGCUGGGUAAUCGCCAGUGGAGCUGCCAUAGAGGAGGUGAACAAGCACUGGGACUGGCUGGUCCACAACCUGCUCCACUCUCUGUCUGUGUUUGAGAACAAGGAGGAUGUUGCCAGCUUUGUCAAAGGAAAAGUCAAGGGCCUUAUUGCGGAAGAGGUUCGGGGUCGCCAGGCCGCCCAGGAGGACGACCCGGAGAAAUUCAGGGAGGCACUCCUCAAGUUCGAGUUGCACUUUGGCCUCCCGUCGUCAGAGAAACUGGUGACGUACUACUCCUGCUGCUGCUGGAAGGGCCGGGUCCCUCGGCAGGGCUUUCUCUACCUCAGCAUCAACCACAUGGCCUUCUACUCCUUCCUGCUGGGGAAGGAAGUCAAGUUUGUGAUUCCCUGGGCGGAGUUGACACGGUUGGAGCGGGUCUCCACCGGUCUGAUGACAGAGGCGAUCCGGGUCAACACGCGGAAGCGGCAGAGGGAAUUCUCCAUGUUCCUGAACUUGAACGAGGCGUUCGGGGUCAUAGGUCAGCUGGCUGACAUUGCCCUCAGGCGACUGCUGGACAGCGAAGGCCUGGAGCUCGACCGAGUCCUGCAGCAGCCCACACGCAUCACCAAGAGGAUCCUAGAAGAACAGGCAAUAAGAGAGUAUGUCCUCGCUCUGUUUCGGCUCCCUCGUGGUGAAAAACUCCAUGAGGUGGCCUCCUGUUCGGUAUGGACACCACAUGCACGCUGCCAUAAAGCCGGGACACUCUACACCACUGACAGUUAUCUGUGUUUCUCCAGCCGAGAGGAAGGCAACUGCAUCCUGCUCAUACCCCUCUCAGAGGUGUUGUCCAUAGAGAAAGCAGAGAGCACCAGCCUGCUUCCCAACCCCGUCAUAGUGAGCGUUCGGACUAAGAAGGCCUUCCAGCUGAUCGAGCUGCAGGACAGAGACGAGCUGGUGGAAAACCUGAACUCCAGACUGCGAUCCCUGCAGUGGAAACAGUCCAUGUUCCGCAGCAGGAAAGAUGGCAAGAGGAGUAUGAGCUCCCCGACACCCUACUACACCUUCUACUAUGACACUGGGUUCUCUGAUGAAGAGGAGAUAGAGGAGCAGGUUCUGCGUAACACCGUCAACAGCGAGGCUCUGAUGACAGCCUUCCACCAAAACCAACCAGGAACCAACGGCAGCAAGAGCAUGGAGCAGGUGAAGGAGCGGCGGUGGGAGGAUCAUUUCACAGAGUUCGGUCGCGGCGUCCACAUGUUCCGCACCGAGAAGAUCCAAAGACUUGUUGCCAUGGGGAUACCAGAGUCACUGCGAGGGGAGCUGUGGAUGACUCUUUCGGAUGCCUCCUCAGAGCUAGAGUCCCACCAGGGCUACUACACCGGCCUGGUCCAGAAGUCAAUGGGUCACAGCAGCCUGGCCACAGAGGAGAUUGAGCGGGACCUUCACCGCUCUCUACCGGACCACCCCGCCUUUCAAAACCCCACCGGCAUUGCUGCACUGAGACGUGUCCUCACCGCCUACGCUCACCGCAACCCCAAGAUCGGAUACUGCCAGUCUAUGAACAUCCUGGCGUCGGUGCUGCUGCUCUACGCUAAAGAAGAAGAAGCUUUCUGGCUGCUGGUGGCUGUUUGUGAGAGGAUGCUGCCUGACUACUUCAACCGCAGGGUCAUAGGAGCUCAGGUGGACCAGUCGGUGUUCGAGGAGCUGAUCAGGGAGCGUUUGCCAGAACUGGCUGAACAAGUUCCGGACCUCACCGCCCUCUCCUCCGUCUCCCUCUCCUGGUUCCUCACCCUGUUCCUCAGCGUCCUGCCCUUCCACAGCGCCGUCUGCGUGGUUGACUGCUUCUUCUUCCAUGGGAUAAAAGCCAUCUUCCAGUUGGGCUUGGCGGCACUGGACGCCAAUGCUGCGCAGCUCUCUGCCAGCACAGACGAUGGACAGGCACUUAUGAUUCUCACAAGUUUUCUGGACCAGGUCGGAAGUGAAGCGUCGUCUUGUGUUCCAUCCUCGCAGCCCCCUGCAUUGGAGACCAGCAGUGACACAGAUAUUCCCGCUGUGCGACACACAAACAUCACCGACCUCAUUAAUGAGUCCUACGAGAAAUUCGGUGACCUGACGGUGAGGCAGAUCGAGAGGCUUCGCUGCCGACACAGAAUCCAAGUGCUGCAGGCUCACGAGGACACCACCAAAGAAAACGCUCUUAGAGUGGUGACUCCAGACGUUUCCAUCUCUGCAGAGAACCUGGCUGAUGUCUACGACCUCUUCAAGACGGAGCACUUCAUCAGUCUGUACUGGGGCGACAGCAGCUCUGCAGCGGCGGCGGAGGCGGCAGCGUGGCGUUACGGUGAAUCUGGCUCCUACAUGGAGCGGCAAUACCGGCUGGACCGGCCCCAGUUCAAGAGCCUGUUCGGGCUGCUGGUGCCGUGGCCCGGUGGCUCGAACCAGCACACCGACACGCUGGCCAACCGCUCCUUCACCCUGCUGGACCAGGACUGCAGCAAUCUGGUCACCUUUAAAGAGUUUGCCUUCUGGCUGGACACUUUGUACUGUGAAGAGCUGAACGAGAAGAUAAGGUUGCUGUACCGUCUGCACAUCCCACCAGCUCUGACAGAAAGUGAAGAUGACCCCUCUCUGAUGAAGAGCCCCCUGGUGUCCACAAACAGACCCCUCUAUGUGAAUCUACCCUCUGCUGCUCCAGAUGGUCAAGGUGAAGUGAAAGAUUACCAGGAGCAGCUGAAGCAGAUGCUGAAGGAUCUGGCCAGAGAGAAGGAGAAAGACGUGGAGAAGCCUCUGCCGCUCAUGAACCAGCGCGAGUUCAUCCAGUUCUGUAAAACGCUCUACAGCAUGUUCCACGGCGACCCAGAGGAGAACGACCUCUUCCAGGCCAUCGCUACAGUAACGAGUCUUGUGCUGCAGAUUGGCGAGGCUAGCCACCGUGGAAACAGGCCGGGGUCAGAGGUCACCAGCCAAGAGGAGGCAAGAGGAGCGGAGACUGCGAAGGAGACGGCUGAAGACGCCAGCAGAGGCGACGGGAGUCCGGCUGCAGAGAGCGAGUGGACAGUCAGCUAUGCUCAGAUCCUGGCGUCCCUGCUGACCGAACAGGCACUGGUGAACUUCUUUGAGAAGCCGGUGGAUCUGUCUGCCAAGAUCGCAGUGGCCAAGGAGAAGCAGUAUCACCAGCGGGCAGGUUUGCUCACUCUGCACCAAGGGACCAGGUGACUCUUACUGUGGACUCUUGAGGCUCGACACAAGCCGACCGUCUUACAAAGAAAACCACAAUAUCAGUAUCAUUCAACUCAAUGUGACAGCAGGAAGCUACAGAGCCUUAAAGUUAUCACUGACGUUUAUAUAUCAAUAGAAUAUGACUGUAGGCAUUUCAACCACACUGGCACGACUUAUUUUUUGUGACUCCCUGACCUACUUCGGCCUGUAACUGACAGAGUGGAGUUUUUUUUUCCCUAAAACAUUUUGAGCCAAGCUCUGAAUCUGAGCAGCAGACCAUGUAACAGCUGACUCACUGGUGUCAGCCAGCACCAUCAGUAGAGACGUGGUCGGCCUGAAGAAAUUCAAAUUAUUGCCUUCUUAUGUCACCAUGUGGAUGCCUGCAGUUAUACUGUGUUGUGGACAAAUAAUGUCCACUUUCUAAUAAGGCACCUUUUUAUAUUAGUAUUUAUAAGUUGUAACUAAUUACUUUAUUAAAGGUUAAUAAAUCAUUUACUAAGUUUUUAUAGACCAGUUAUAAGCAAUUGAUUUGGGUUUGCAGGGUGUGAAACAUCUCUGAUGAACCAUUCAUUGUCAUUAACAGUGUAAUAAAUAAUUGGUAACGGGUAUCUCGCUUUCUAAUAAGUCAAUAAGGUCUGUUAUUAUACAACAGACUAUUAUCUACAGUUAUAUAAGUAAGUCAUUAAUAAUCAGGGUUUUUUUUACUUUUAAUUGACAUUUCUCAUUGUAUAUUAAGCCAACAGCCAAAGUUAGUAAGUAACCCUAACCCUGUGAUUAGAAAUGUAAAAUAAAGUUGAUAAUAAAGGGUUUUAUAACAAGUCUUGAGAGGUCAAACAGUCCAUUGGAGCGAGUCAACUGAUGAACUAAAGAGCUAAAAAGACAAACAAGUCCUGAGAGAUGUUCACAACCUGACAACCCAAAAUGUCUUCCCAUUAAUGGCUUCUGACUUAUCUAUAAAGCGCACGUAAAUGAUAAAGCACUGAUCAUUUAGUUAAUUAUAACUUACAGUUUGAUAGCCUUUAUAAAGGCAAUGAUUGGAAAGUUGUACCAAUAAUCCUUUACGGUGCAGCAUUAAGGACAAGAAUGCAUUCAGUGUUCUUUUUUUAUUGAUUUUAUAACUUCUGUUUCUUUAAUAUUAAAUGUUCUCACCUGCACGCACCUCCAAAUGAAUAUAUUUUUAAACUUUUUCAAAUUACUGGAAAAUAAUCUACAGUGAUCUGAAACGGUUGCAGAAAGCAGAAAAAAGACAACAUGUUGGAAUCGUCCUUUGAAUAAAAGACAUUGAAUAUA